UUCACUGGUGAUGCGUUUUUUGAAAAUGCAUCAUAAUCGGUUACAGAAUCAGCGAAUCUUUAGAUGCAGAGUCGCAGAAAUAAGUGAAAAUCCUCGAUUACAGAUGGAGGAGAAUGAAACCCCCCCGCGGAGAAACACUACAGAAUGUUUCUCUCCUGCUGUCUCCUCAUCUCCUGCUGAACACACAGCUCUGAGCUCAACAGAGGCCCAGCAGACGCAUGCAGCUCCGCAAAAAACGCCCCGCAGAAACACCAGCAUCCGCGCGGCUCAUCCGGCCAUUUACCUGAACACUCGCUCACACAAGCUCCUGAGGAAGGCGGUGCGCAUCUGGAAGAGGCCGUUCCCCAUCUUCACCCCUCAGUCUUCAGUCUCCAGAGUCAGGAGUUUUCAGGAGCGGGUCCAGAUGCUCCAGAGUCAGCCUGCGGUCUCCAGAUCACCGCAGCCCUUGUCCCGAUGCGUCCGAGAUCUGCAGCUGCGCAGUUCUGGGACGGAUUCCUCUCCAUCGCCCUCCAGCAGGUCAGAUCAACCUCCGAUCCGCCGCCGCAAGCGUCCCGCAGUUAUACGCAGCUACAGAUACCGCAGGCAGAUGCAGUUAUACCGCAUGCUGUCCAGCUGCAGGAGACUCAAGCAGGAGGAGCGGAUACUGGACACACUGAAGGGUCAGUCGUCACCUGCGGGAUGCUCUCCUGUUAAAGGUUCUCAGGGUGUGGAUGAUGGGUCAGAUUCAGCGUCUUCUCCAGUGAUCCGUCCACCUCCGAGGAAGACAAACCGUCGGCUGUGGCGCAGACAACUGGACAGCAGCAGCUCCGACAACAGCCCGAUCACCCCUAAUCCCUUUACCACACGACCAGACACGCUCAAGAAAAACACCAGCAUUGCACUCUCCGAUUUCGCAAGUGUGCUGAAAACAUCACUGAGCUCGAUUGAGACUGAUGUGAACUCAUCUGAGGUCGUCCAAAAGAACUCAUCAACCGCUCAAAUAUGUGAAGACACAGAAGAAGGACAUGAGAAGAGGCCGAGCUCUUUAGUUUCUCGGCUGAAGAUGUUCAAAGAAGAGCUCAGACCGUGUGGAGAGGUCAGGACGUCCCCGGUGUGUGUGAAGUGGAAAAGUGUGCUUCUUCAGAGAGCUCUGUGCUCCUCUCCACUGUCCUGUGAGAGUCAGAGUCCUGACGCACGGUCAUCAUGGUGCAGGUUUACACUGCUGGACUGCUCAACAUCUGCAGGGAAGAGCGACACAGACAAACCUCACGUCAACACUGAAUACCACAUCAAGAACAGUAUGGCAGGAGAUUACUAGAACACUACAGUCUGUUGAUCUUCAGAUGCCGGUGGAUGAAGAGAGCUCAACAGAAUAUCCGCAGCUAAAUGUUGACUUCAGGACCAAACUCUGCAC